AUGAAGGCCUUCACACUCGCUGCCUUAUCCCUCUUUGCCCUUGUUGCCGCUCAGAGUCUGAGCGAUCUGCCCGCCUGCGCCACCACUUGUGCACUGAACAGUAUUUCCUCGACUGGCUGCGCUGUCACCGACAACGCCUGCAUUUGCGGCAACCAAGGCUUCCUGUCAGGCGUGCAACAAUGCAUCACCGCCCCCGGCGGCUGCAACGAGGCGGACGUCCAAGCAACUCUGGCCUUCGCUGCGACUUUCUGCGGCAACGACACCAUUGCCAACGGCACUUCGGCCGCCAACGGCACGGCGUCGACGACCACGACGGCCACUGAGAGCUCCGGCACCGCCUCAGAGACGGCGAGCGAGUCCUCGCCCGAGUCCACCGCCAGCGAGAGCUCCUCCGAGGCAAGCUCCGGAGCGUCCUCGGCUUCUGAGAGCGCUGCGUCUGCAACGUCCUCGGACAGCUUUGCUGCACCGACCCUCGUAGCCAUGGGCAUUGCACAAUUCUUGGGGGUGGCUGCCGUCGUUGGCGCUGCUUUGUAA